GCGCAUUGCGCUCGAGACUCGAGCGUUGCCCAAGAGCUGAAGAGAGGAGUGGUCGCUUCAAUAAUGGAUUCUCUAAUUAAAUACAUAGUGAUACUUCUGGCUCUUAUCUCGGUGAUACUCAACAUUGUGCUGAUAUGCUUAAAUUCGAAUAAGCCUCCAAAAUGCAUGUCCCAGUCGCAGGCGUCCCUGAAUCUGCAAGACACACAUUCAGAUAGAAGUCUGGUUUUUGCCGACCUGACCCCAGAGGAGUACAAGGCUGUUCGCGACUAUAUGUGGGCGCAGAAAGACUUGAAGAUCUCCCAUUCAGUAUUAGCAAAGCCCUCGGACAACUUUCUCUUCUUAAUUGACCUCUCGCUCCCGAAGAAGGCUGAUGUCCUGAGAUAUUUGGAUAAAGACGGACAGAAGCCCGCGCGCGAAGCGUCCGUCGUGGUUUUCUACGGCGAACACCGUUACCUGAAGGAGUAUGUGGUGUCGUUAUCUGGUCCGCUAACGCAUCGUGAUGUUACUGAGCAGAAGUACAAAACCAAGACGUUACCCUUCACAGCCAGAACGGUGACCAUUGGAGAGUACGCGCAGCUCUUUACGCUCCUUUAUGGAGUUUUCCAAAAACUCGAAACACCUCUGAGGGAAAGUUUUGGGUAUAACCUACAAACAAAUAAACUGCUGCCGUUUGAGGGCAUGCCAAGAGGCAUCAAAGCUGGUGACCGCAAGACCUGGAUCUCCUUUUUCCGCGAUUUCAGUGGCAUGUACAUCCAUCCCGUAGGUUUCGAGAUGCUGAUCAAUCACGAAAGCAGCAACUCGUCCGACUGGACGGUUGACAAGUUGCUGUACAACGGCCAAUAUUUUAACAGCAUUGACGCCUUUAUAAAACGUUACCAAGCGGGUGAUUUAGAAAAGAUAGUCUACAAAAAGAUCGAAAACUUCGCCUCGUUAAAGCCGAGGGAAAAGCCUACUGGCCUAGGACCACAACAGUAUUAUCUUCAAGGUAAACGUUUCAGCGUUAAAAACAACCAGGUGGUUUAUUUAGACUGGAACUUUGCAUUUGGCAUGAGCUCUCUGACUGGGAUGAGAGCGUUUGAUAUUCGUUUUGAAGGGCAGAGGAUAGCGUAUGAGCUGAGCGUGCAGGAGGCGAUGUCUGUCUACGGCUCCACCACACCUGGGAUGAUCCUCACCAAGUUCCUCGACUCCAGUAUCGGAAUCGGUCGCUUCGCUCACGAGCUCGUGCGCGGGAUCGACUGCCCGUACGGGGCCACAUAUGUAGACACGCACCGCUACAUCGACACGAACGUCACGCAGCGUUUCAGAAACUCCAUCUGUGUGUUUGAGCAUGACAUCGGGCGACCUCUGCGACGACACUUCUCAGAUUUCUUUCACAAUAGUUACGGUGGGAUGGCGAACAGCGCCCUGGUGAUCCGCUCCAUUACUGCUAUAGGGAACUAUGACUACAUAUGGGACUUCAUUUUCUAUCAGAGUGGCUCAGUGGAGGCAAGAGUUCACGCCACCGGCUACAUAUCAUCCUCCUUUUUGGUUGAUGGAAAUCUGAAGUAUGGUCACCAGGUUGCAGAAAACGUCCUAGGAAACAUCCAUACGCAUUUCAUCAGCUUUAAAGUUGACCUUGAUAUCUUGGGUGAGAAGAAUAUAUUUCAGACUAAAGACAUGGUGUAUGAGGAGGUGCCAUUGCCAUGGAUGCCCACAGAGAAAGCAAAGAUACCACGACUGGUGGAGCAACAAGUCAAGACAGAGAAAGAAGCAGCAAUGCUUCAUGGUGCCAAAACACCCCGUUACCUUCAUAUAGCCAGUAAGCAAACUAAUCGCUGGGGCCACAAUCGCUCUUACAGGCUUCAGGUGUUGAGCUUUGCUGGAGACCCCCUGCCUGAAAGUGAGUCUACAGAGAAGUCUAUGUCCUGGGCUCGGUAUAAGGUUGCUAUAACCAAGCAUAAAGAUGAAGAGCAGACCAGUAGCAGUCUAUACAGUCAGAAUUACAUGUGGAAACCAUUUGUGGACUUCAGCAAAUAUAUAGAAGAUAAUGAGACAAUCGACAACGAGGACUUGGUUGCCUGGGUCACUGCUGGUUUCCUACACAUUCCUCAUGCAGAAGACAUACCCAACACUGUUACGGUGGGCAAUGGUGGCGGUGUCCUCAUUAGGCCACACAACUAUUUCAAUGAAGAUCCGUCCAUACACUCACCUGAUGGUGUGCAUUUUAUUCCGGGCUCUGAAAAUGACUGUGAGUACAACAAAAUGGCGUGUCUGGAAAAGGAUCAGUGCACUUCCACACUGGAGCCAUUCACUUACCACGGCUUUGAAGGUGUUAUGCAGUUUGAGUGAAAAUUUUGAUGCAAAUUUCCAUGUUGCUACAGAUUUGCUAAUACAUUUGCAGUAGUAUAUCCUCACUCUCUGCUUUUUAGUUAAUUGGAAAAAAGUAUUUCCUGCUUUUGUAGCUGACUAUGUAAAUAUUAUUGAUAUUUUCUCAUUUUCUGUUUACCAGAAGUGUGCUUUGUGAAUUUUAGUUAUUUUCAUUUUUGUACAUUUGGUGAACUUUUUGUAAAUUGCUUCAAAUGUAUCAUUUAUUAUCAAAUCAUAUAAUUUAGGGUAUACCAUAGCUCUUUAAGGCAGGGCUGUUUUUAUUAUACAAUGUAAACUCUAAAGAGAGAGAUUUCUAACAACUCUGAGAAAUGCACUGAUAAAACACCUCACAAAGUAUACACUUAUUUUUAUAAACAUUUUUAUGCCGUUCAAUAAAAAAUGAAACA